CAACUCCUACACCACCCAGUCACAUCCGAGAUAGGAUGAUAGCAUUGAAUACCAUUACUUGCCGACCACUAUAACAUAUAUCAUUCCUUCUAUCGACCAUGGGCUCAAUCAAGGAGAAUGAGAAUAAAUUUCCCAAACAGGAUGAAAUUCGAGUUUUAGUUACUGGUUUUGCUGUGGGUUAUUUUGAUAUUUAUUGAACCCCAUUUUACCCCUCAUUUGUGGAAUUGCUCGAACGAUAUGAUAUAUCGCUAUCAAGCUACUCAUUGCAUAGGAGGUUUUGAAUGCUGACCUUGACAUAAAUUACAGCCUUUUCGUUCGCAAUAUCCGGUAAAUCCCUCAUGGGAGAUCGUAUCCCGUCUUCCAUCAUAUGUCCCUACGAAUGCUCAAGACGAGGGGCACCAUCCACAUGCGAAGCCACCCAUACAAAAGGAACCGCGUCGCAUUCGAAUUGAUAAUUAUGAGGCACCGGUUCAUGUAGGAUACAAGGCUGUGCGGGAACUCAUGCCUAUACUCCUCGAUGAAAAUCCGAAUGGAUUUGGGCCUGAUUAUAUAUUACAUGUUGGGAUGGCAUCCGGUCGACCCUUUUACAGUUGUGAGAGACGUGGUCAUCGAACUGGAUAUUCCAUGCGAGAUGUGGAUGGGAAAAUAUUGAAUGAUGAGUUCGACAGAAUUAAGGAGGGGGACAAAUGGAUAUGGCAUGACUGUCCCGAAGAACUUUUGACAAGUCUGCCAUUCGAUAAAAUGUUUCGCCAAUGGAAGGAGGCUUGCCCUGUUCGUAUUGACCUUCCUAUUCAUUGUCUGACAUCACUGCUAUAUUGGUCCCUAGUUCUCUCCCUUCAUUACUAAAUAUAGCCAUAUAGGAAGUCGAUAUACGCAUAUCCGAAGAUGCUGGUAAUUACCUCUGCGAUUUUAUAUACUAUACCUCACUCGCACAUCGCUACAAGCAACAUCGGCCUAACAAAGCGAUGUUUCUGCACGUACCGCUUGCUUCGGACGAUGAAUCCAUACAAAAAGGUGUCGACAUUACAAUUGAGCUGAUUCGGGCAAUGGUUGAAUGUGAUUUGAAAGCAACGGACACUGUCGGGGACAGUAGUGAUUCCGUAGAAGAAAAGGAGGGCUUGUGAAUAUUCCAAAUUGUGAUCGUGAAAUUGUCUAUAUAUAUAUAUAUAUUUUCGCUACGGAAAAUUGGACUACAUAACAGGUAUGAUAGGUAUGAUAGGCAUGAGGGGCAUGAGGGGCAUAACAGCAUUGGCAGCAUUAACAACAUAGCAGCACUUGGAGAGUAACAACAUUGGCGGCUUAAUGGCAUGGCAUCAUAACAGCAUUACGGCCUCAGAGGAGUAAUAAUUAUUCAUGAAAAAAUCCGAAAGUCAAAGGAAUAAAAUGGAAAGAGUCAUGAGUGAAUGAUUUUGAAUCAGGAGGAAAAGUGCUCAUUUAAAUGCGAUUGACAAACUAUCGAGCAGAGCAUGCAUCAGCUCUCAUGGUACAUUACGUGGGGAAUGUCGUUCGCGAUAUAGAAUCAAACAAGGGGGGUGUACAUCUGCCGGCACUGGUAUCAUUUCACCUAUCAUUUUC